AUGGCUCCGCCGCCCCUCUCCCCCUCCCCUUCCGGAUCGACUGAGCGAUUAGCCGAAGAGCUGGCACCCGCGCUGGAUCAGCUCAAGUCCCUUACGGCGGGCAAUCCAAUUACAUUCCCACAGGCACUGGCGGCCACCGAACCACUCCUCCGCCUCCGCCAUACCUUUAUCGAUGAUGCCCGCCCCCGAACCGCUAAAGACACAUUUCGACAAUUGUGGGGCUUUCAGACCCUGCUGAGCUUGGCUGAACAGCUACCAGAGCUUUAUGACAUCAAUACCCUAUCCAAAGAAGAGAGGAAGGAGCUGUUGGCCGUUUACAAGGAUGUGCUAGGAGUGCUGGCUGAAGCAUUGAAGGAUCAUUUUGGCAACAGAAGAUAUUUUGCGCGCAGGAUAGUUGAAGGGGGCACUACAGUCCUAGAGCGGUCUUUGAGUGUGCUAGUUGGAAAAUUAGACAAGGCUGAAAAUGAUGCGCAGCAAUUGUAUGGAGCUGUUCUGGCAGCAGCUCUAUGCCAGGAAAGUGUUUCGGGAAUUUUCGUGGCAUUGAAUACGAAAUUACAGCAGAGUGCAGGUCCCGGAUUGCCAGCGCAGUUGCGGGCUGCUGUGGACCAGUGCAUGGGAUCUGCCGAGACUGUGGAGGUUGCAGAGCUUCUAGGGCCAUUACUUCGCGUUUGGGUGAACCAUUCUGCUUCUUCCGGCAAUGAUAUCCUACGCCUUGCUAUUCCCGCAUGUCUUUGCCAAUUAGCUUCUCAAUCACUGAGGAACGUUGUGGCUUUACAUGCCACUGGUAUCCUGACUUCAAUUCUACCGCUUUUGUUCGACAACACUCGGCCCGAAAACGAGACAGAGCUAUACCAAAAUUUGGCUGGGCUCCUGAGUGCCCAAGGAAUGAAUAAUUUGGAUGACGCCGUUGCUCUGUACAGAAGAGCACACGAAAACCCACGGGUCUUGAAAUUUCUCGUGUCCGCUCUCAAGGCUUCCAAAGAGCCACCUUCGAUACAAUUUGACAUGUCUCUGCAUGGCUAUUCGUCCGUAGAGUUUGCGACUUUGGGUCGGUCGUUUCCCCCAACUUCUUCAGGCGGCUAUACGUUGGCAGCGUGGGUUCGGUUCGACGAGUUCGAUGUCAACACGCAUACCACACUAUUUGGUGCAUUCGACUCCAGCCAAACUUGUUUCCUGCUUGCCUACAUUGAGAAGGAUACCCACAACUUUAUCCUUCAAACGUCUAUCCGUGGUCUUCAUCCUAGUGUCCGGUUCAAGUCUGUCAAGUUUAAACCAGGCCGUUGGUACCAUAUUUGCAUGGUUCACAAACGGCCAAAGCCCACCUCGUCAUCCCGAGCAUUUUUGUUCGUAGAUGGCGAGUUCGUGGAGCAGUUGAAGAUUGAAUACCCCUCUGUUCCCACCAGUAGCCAUCCGAGCAGGCCUCCCCACAUUCAAGCAUUUUUUGGUACGCCACAGGAUUUGGCAAUGCGUCUUGGUAAAGGAGUAUCAACUUCCAGGUGGUCUCUGGCCAGCGGGAUUCUGUUCGAUGAGGCCUUCAGUGACGAUAUGAUAGCUGUCUUUUACAAUCUUGGACCGCGCUACUAUGGUAAUUUUCAAGAUUGCCUCGGCUCUUUUCAGACCUAUAGGGCCUCUGCUACUCUGAAUUUACGCAAUGAGCACCUUCAUCCCGGGAAAGAAGAAUCGUCAGAUAUUGUGACUGCUAUCAGGAGACGAGCGAGCACUCUGGUUCGCGAGAAUUCAAUCUUGAUUAAUGUUUCUCCUGUUGCCGUUCUUGACGAUGAUGAUACCAACAACGUCGACGAAUCACAGCUAAUAAAAUGCUUGUCAAGGCAGGCAGCAAAGAGCUUACAACAACUAACAAAGGCCGGUGGGAAUGCCGUUGCAAUCAACGGGGCCACUCCUGCAAUUAAUGAUGGCUUAACUCAGCCACAAGGAGUUGGAAUCUUAACUGGUGAUCCAGUGGUCGCCGUGCCAUGGUCAUUAGACGAUGCCAGUUGGUGCCUUGGUGGCUGCGCAGCCGUGCAUCUAAGCUUGGUACAAUCUUCCGGGUCCCCCGAUACCCUUCGCUUAGCCGUGGAGGCUCUUUAUGAAGCCAUUCAAGACAAUUGGAGAAACAGUGAAGCAAUGGAAAGAGAAAAUGGCUAUGGCAUUCUCGCAGCUCUCCUGCGGGAAAAACUCGGCUUUCAGCUGGGUAAUUUCUCAUCCAGUAAAUCCGCCGUGGCCAACUAUAGCCCAGAAGAGCAAAUCUCUUUGACACUCGAUCUUCUCCAUCUGACACUUAAAUUUGUUGGAUACGAUCCCGAGCACCCAAAUCAGUCUAUAAUCACCAACCCCCUAGCAUAUAGGGUCUUACUGGUUGACAUGGAUAUUUGGCGACAUGGGGGACCACCCGUUCUUGACCUGUAUUAUACUCAAUUCCGAGUCUUUGCCACUGACAGCAAUUAUCACCGCUUUAAUGCGAAGCGGCUGGGUCGCAUGCGUGUCAGCAAGAAACUAAUUGAGACGCUCAAGGCUGGUGAACUUACCUUUGAAACACUCAACCCAUGUCUGUCUGCUUUUCGAUCGUUGAUGGAAAGUAGCAUGUCUCCCGAUCUCUUACGGUCCUUUGCUUUGUCCAUCACAUAUACACUUCAUAUGCCUAAGGCCAAUGUUAGCCUAUCGAAAAAGAAAAGUCUUCGAUUCGCAACGCCUCCCUCUCGACCUGGCUCCUCGAAAUCGAAUACUGGGAAGCAUGUAUCCGCCACUGCACAAGGUACUGAAAUGUUGCAAUUGUAUGCAGCAGUGUUAUGCAAUCCUUUAGACUCCGUCCCCUUGAAGAAAUUUGCCAAAGCUGUCACAAACAAGUGGCUUCUUUACCUAUCAUGUGAAGACGAACCAGAAGUAGUUGUUCUAGCUACCAAGAUACUGGCUCGGUUGUUAGUUGUCCAUGGUAGCGGGUACAGCAAGAAGUUCUCUGAGAAGAAUGGAGGAUUCACGAUCCUAGAGCAUCACUUGAAACGAUGGUGGAACGUUCCUGUGCUGUGGAUUAUCUGCUUUUCCAUACUCUUUGGUCGAGAUAUUGCCCUCAUGGACCUUGACAAACCAUUUGACGCCCCCGGUCUUUUGAAAAUCUUCCUCAGUGACGGAGAUCUUCGCAUUGUGAAUCCUGAGAUGCUCCGGGUGAUCACUAAAAUGAUGAAGAGUGGACUGAGAAGUACUGUUCUUGCAAGUGACCCAGCGAUACGAACUCAGUCAGAAAUUUCAGGUUCAGACUCAAAGAGGUUCAAAAUGUCUUCGGUCAAUUUCAAUGAUACUCCACUGGAGAACCGCAAAGCGCAAAAUACUUCUCUCUUGUCCUCGGUGAUAGAGUUUUUAACGGAGGCAAGCACCAUCUCACGAAACUUCCAAGAGUUCACCUUUCAGUCUACCUACGUUCAAGAGGUCCUAGAUGUUUUGUUUCCAGUCAUCGUCAGUUCGGACUCAAUAAGUCCCAGUACCGAAUUGAAUACCAGAUAUGGUGGGCUUUCAUUUGAUGAUAGCAAUCUAGUCAUGCGACCUCGCUCGAAUACUGCGACUAUACUGCAAACCACCACGGUCGACUUUCCAAAUAGCCCCGACGAAAACACCGAUCUUGCUCGUCGUGGCUCCUUUAUUCUUGUAUCUUCCGACAAAUCGACGCACCAGCCGUCCUCUGCGCGUAUUCGGCGUGUUAUUCAUCCUGCCUUCUCGAAUGACAGAUUGGCCGUGGAUCACCCCCUCAUCACGGCUGUUUUUGGGUUGGCUCUCUCCGUGUUUGAAGAUCAGCUCUUGGAACGCAAAGACUUCUCUGGUUUGGGCCUAUAUCAAAAAACCCCCCCUGGGUUCUUAGAGCAUCAAGCAUACUUCAAUUCUUGGAUUUUCAAUCACCUCCUCUCGACUUUGAGGACGUUGCCUACCUCAAAGCCGCGUCUUCUUCAAGAACCUCGUACUCUCACCAACAUUUCUCGCUUUGCAUCACACUUAGCCGAGGCUGUUUAUGAGGGGUGGUUUAUCGAUGGAGCUGCUACGACAUUGGAAAGCCUUGGUUCAAUCUUGGAAUAUAUCCAAAGACCAGACAUUUCAAGCUUGAAGAGCAUUAGACUGUGCAACCAGGCGGUAGCAACAACCCACUCCACCUUAUACAGAGUUGUCUUGUUCGAAUUAUCGGAGGCCGAUGACCAUGAAUCUCUAUCUGUUCUGAAACGUCUCAACUAUUGGCAGGUAGUACUUCUUGGUGCAGGAGAGACCGAGUCAAGACAUCUCCAGCUACUUUGUUACCUUCUUUACACAAAGCUGAUUAGCACGGAUGAGGACAUUCGCCUGGCUGCUGCCAGUCUUUGGAGAGUUAUUUUGGUGCAAAAGCCCGAGGAAAUGAAUAAUAUCCUUGCCCAUGGGCCCCCUACUCUGCAGCGCCGACUAUCAGAUGGCUUUGAAGCUCUGGCGGGAAUGGAAGACGAGGCCUUCUUACAUUGGAUUGAUGAUCAGCGUGAUGAUCUUGACGCUUUGUUCCUAGGCAUUUUGGCUCGAACCUGGGAUGCAUUCGUUCAAGACGAGAAUACGAAAAGCGAGGAAUCGGCCAAGAACCGAAUCUCAAAGCGCAAGGAAAAGCUCAAACAAUGGGUUCAGUUGGAGAAGUUUGAUGAAAAUGUGAUUCGGAAGCAUGAUGCAACUUUGCCACAUUGGAUCUCAAAUAUCUCCGCGUCAGAAACCCUUAAGUCACAGAGAUGUCUGCAAGACCUCCAGGACAACUCUUCUUUUAUGUGGUCAGCUUUCUCUAAUCUCCUGCUGGAUCUUCGACGUCCAGGUGGUCUUUUCUCCGAGGAAAAGGAAAGAAAAUACAGACUCGACCAGACAGAAGGCCGCAGUCGAAUGCGUCUGCGUGUCGUUCCGGAUGAUUCAGGCGAACGCCAUAAUUACCAACCCAAACGCAAGAACUCUGAGCCCCCAAUGAUGAAGAUCGACACUCGAGUGCGUGCGCUAUCCGAAGGUGAGGCAUUGGGGACUCCGACGGGUUUAACAGCGGAGCCAGAUACUGUUGAUCCCGAGACACAGGAUGGGGAUCCCGAAGAUCGCAGCAUCCUAGAAGAUAAUUUCGAAAUGAUUGACGACCCCAAAGUUGAACUUGAAGACUACGAGGACAAGAACCGCAGAGUGAUGAGGUCGCUUCAACGAGGCGACCAAGUACAGAAUGUCUGUAAUCAAUCACGGAUUAUUGGUCUUGAGGCCGUUGAAGGUCUUCUCAUCAUCGGGAAAGACUGUAUCUACAUUCUAGAUAACUUCUUCCAGCGAGCUGACGGAGAGAUUGUCAAUGUUUGGCAAGCACCCUCUGAAGAGCGAGAUCCUUAUGUGCGGAUGAUUGCUGGGCGAGAAUCCAACGACGGUCGAUCUCAGGAGCAUGAAACAAGGAGCUGGAAAUGGUCUGACCUAGUCAGCGUCUCUAAAAGACGCUUCCUCUUCCGUGACGUUGGUCUGGAGAUAUUCUUUACAGAUGGCACGAGCUAUCUUCUGACUUUCCUUUCUGCGCGAGUGCGAGACGAGCUGUGCAAUCAGCUUGGCCAAAAAGCUCCCCAAGUUACUGGGAGUGUAGGUCACUCUCGACCAGAAGACAUUUGGCGGUUUGAGACCUUGCGCAGCCAAGAAGAUGCACCGCAGUCCCUUGGGUCCAAGUUCGCAAGUGUCUUUGGUCAUCUUCCAUCAAGCCCAGCGACCCGCAAAUGGAUUCGGGGUGAAAUCUCUAACUUCCAUUAUCUCAUGUUGAUCAAUACGCUCGCUGGACGGACGUUUAACGACUUAACUCAAUACCCAGUAUUCCCAUGGGUUCUCGCUGAUUACACAAGCGAGGAGCUUGAUCUCACCAACCCAAAGACUUUCCGUGAUCUGUCUAAACCAAUGGGUUGUCAAACACCAGAUCGUGAAGCUGGUUUCCGUGAACGGUACAAUGCAUUCGCAGAAAUGGGCGAUGACAACUCUCCCCCGUUUCAUUACGGAACUCACUACUCGUCUGCCAUGAUUGUCUGCUCAUAUCUCAUCCGCCUCCAGCCCUUCGUCAAGUCAUAUUUGCUCCUACAAGGUGGGACUUUCGACCAUGCAGAUCGGCUUUUCUACUCCGUCCGUAAAGCCUGGGAAUCAGCAUCGCGGGGAAACAUGACCGAUGUUCGAGAAUUGACUCCCGAGUUUUUUUACCUUCCCGAGUUUCUGGUCAAUUCUAAUAAAUACGACUUUGGUGUAUUACAGAACAUGACAACCGCCAUUGAUUCGGUGGACCUUCCACCGUGGGCCAAGGGCGAUCCCAAAAUCUUCAUCCAAAAGCACCGCGAGGCCCUUGAGAGUCCUUACGUGUCUGAAAAUCUCCAUCACUGGAUAGAUCUUGUUUUUGGCAGCAAGCAAAAGGGUGAGGCUGCUGUGGAGUCUAUCAAUGUCUUCCACCAUCUUUCCUAUAAGGGCGCGAAAGACCUGGACGCCAUUGAAGAUCCGAUGGAACGACUGGCUACGAUUGGUAUCAUUCACAACUUUGGUCAAACGCCUCAUCAAAUCUUCCAGCGAACUCAUCCCCAGAGAGAAGAUGAGCGACACCGUAUUCCCCGUCUGGAUACCCUAGCGGAAUCAUUGACCCAGAUGCCACUUUCGCUUCUCGAUAUUGAAGAACGGGUGAACACUCUGUCGAUGAAGCAGGAUCGUCUCUUAUGCACUGCUGCACUCCGACUCAAUGUCCCACCAAUGUACGACCAGUAUAUGGAAUGGGGCUUCUUUGAUGGAAGCGUACGCUUCUACUCCACUGAUAGUCGCAAGCUUCUCGGGCAUUUUGAACGCCUCCAUGUUGGUCAACUUUCAUACGCCAGCUUCGCGGACUCACGCACACUGAUUACCUGUGGAACGGACUGUACUAUUUCUUUAUGGACGGUGACCUCAACCUCUCGGUCGAUUGAUCUGCAACCCAUUGGCUCCCUUUUCGGUCAUCGCGCCCCAGUGACCGUUCUUGCGGUUUCCCGAUCAUUCAGUGCCCUGCUGUCAGUCUCUACCGAUGGACAAAUUAUGUUAUGGGACUUGAAUCGACGAUGCUUUGUGCGGGCUCUUCCACCCAAUGGCACAGUCGAUUGCGCUCGAAUUAAUGAUGUGACCGGCGAUAUUAUGGUCUGCCGUGGCAAUCGUAUCACUAUGUACACGCUGAAUGGAGAUGUGCUAGUUGAUCAGCCCGUUUGUGAAUCUAGCGAAGACCACGUUCUAUCCUGUGUCUUUUAUGAGGGCGUCCAAAAUGAAUGGCUCGAGCGUGAGCUCGUGCUGACCGGCCACAGUCGAGGUGUUGUCAACAUCUGGGCCAAGAACAUUCAUGAUGGAGUCUUUGAGCUGGAACUUAUCCGGCAACUGCACCAUACGGACAGUAGUAGAGACAAUGGAGCGAAUAUCUCCGCUGGGAUCAGUUGCAUUCUGGCUCUUCCCCAGGUUGUGUAUACGGGAGAUGAGGCAGGUCGAGUGUACGAGUGGAAUUGUAUCCAGCGGCGUUGA